GAACGGUUUUGGGUUGCUAUGGUGAUAAAGUUCGUGAUGGCGACGAUGGCAGUCGAGGAGGGAAGCUUAGACAGAAUUCUCCACCUUCAAUGAUUGUUCCAGAUGGCCAAUGCCUGCCGGUACUUUCGAAAGAGCAUCUCCGUCUGGCGUUGCGGCCGUCCCGGCAAGAGGCGACUGUACCCCAGGGAAACCCCGCACUCUGUCAGAGAACAGAAAGUCCUCCAAGCCAAUUAUGGAGAAGCGGCGACGCGCGCGCAUCAAUGAGAGCCUGGGUCAGCUGAAGACCCUCAUCCUGGACGCGCUCAAGAAAGACAGCUCCAGACACUCCAAGCUGGAGAAGGCCGACAUCCUGGAGAUGACGGUAAAGCACCUGAGGAACCUCCAGCGGCUUCAGAUGACAGCGGCUUUAAACACAGACCCAUCCAUCCUGGGGAAGUACCGAGCUGGAUUCAGCGAGUGCGUUGGAGAGGUUACCCGUUUCCUGUCCACGUGUGAAGGGGUCACGGCCGAGGUGAGGACUCACCUCCUCGGCCACCUCGCGGCCUGUGUGACCCAGAUUAACCUGUAUGGACCUCACCUGGGCGACCUGGGACAGACCAGCAGUACACAGGUCACCACGCCUCCGGGCCUGCGGGCGCCCCUCAAGGGUGGUUCACUAUCACCCGAAGCCAUGAAACUGUACGGAGGCUUCCAGGUGGUGGCAUCGCCAGACGGACACUUUGCGUUUCUUAUUCCUGGCGCAGCUCUCACACCUCUGAGUGUACAAAACUGCCACCAUGUGUCACCUGUCGCACCUGCUGUCACCUCAGACUCUGUGUGGAGACCAUGGUAGGAACCAUGGAGGGGGAAAAAAUUGACAAUAAGACAAUAAAUCAUAUUGUACAUUUUGUAAAUACUUUUAGGGAAUACUUCUUAGCAGAUUAUUUUAUCUACAUUUGUAUUGUAUUGGUAUACAUGAAUGGGAAGAGAUAUUUAUCUGUCUCUUUGCCUUAGUCGACAUAAAAUGCUGAUUGUUCUUCAAAGCACUGCCUGUACAUAAAUAAAUAAAACGUGUUUAUAAUGUG